AUGAGCAGCUUAGAAGUUGUCACAUUCCCAGUGGUCGUUGCUGAUUCUAGGCAAAGACUCAUCUCGGAGAAGAAGCCAACCCGCACGGGAGAAUUCUCUUUUCGAGGCAAAAUAGAAUUGGCCAGGAGCAAGAUAGAUAAUAUUUCUCCAAAUACACCAGCUCAUCACUACUUCAAGGUUUCCAAGAUACAGGACGCCCAACAGAAGAUUGGGCUGCUUGAGCGAGAAAACAAGUCCCUGGCCUCACGUCUAGCUAACAUAUAUCGUGGAUCAGGUAUGGUCGAUUGCUGGAAUGAGUACCAACAAAAAAGUGUGUUCCGACAGAAGCAGAAUAUAGAGCUUAUAAGGAUUACUAUGGAGAACCAGGCUAUCCUUAAAAGGCUCAAAGAACGAAAGGCAACCUAUGACAUGAAGCAAUGUGAACAGUCUUGGCAGAAUUCCAGGAAAUAUAUGAAGAAGAACACUCAUCUUCUGAAUGAAGAGUAA